UGACCGUGUAUAUACGUGCGCGUGUACCUGCGCGCCGGUGUGCGCCGGAGCUUUUGUAUGUGUGUUUGUGCGUGCCUAUGUGUGUCCGACAGUGUACGGCGUCUACAGGUGGAAUGUGCCACCGAGCGCGGCGGCACACGGAUGUAAGCCGCUAACGCGUAGAAACCAAACGAGAGACGAAGAUAAGGUCGAAGACGGGUAAAGUGAUCCACGAGGAGAGAACGGAAAGAAAGAGGGAAAUUUCGGGAAAAAAGUCGCGGUGUGAGUGUUUAUGUACGUGUGUGCGCAGGUAUUCGGAUAGCAGGAAUUGUUGCGACGUGAGUGCAGACGUUCUGGAACGGUUGUUCGUGGUAAAAGUCGAGGAAUCGAUCGAGAGAUCCUCAAAAAGAAAGUUCGAAGGUUGAGAAAACGGAGAAAAUUUGACUCGCAGAUUCGCGUGGGCGUAGAAACGGCGCGGGAACAAGCCACGCGCGCUUCCAUUGUCGAGAUAUUCAAGCACUGGGAAUAAAGAAAAAAAAAGAAAAGAAGAUCGAACAAAAUUGGUGUAAAAUUCAAACAAGUAGAGGAGACAAAGGGGGGGAGAGAGAGAGAGAGAGAGAGAGAGAGAGUAGUUCGCGAAAAGAAGAGGGCGGUAAAUAUUUAACGACGUCGCGAUCGGGGUGUGGUAAGAAGAGGCAGAAGAUCGUGUGAGGAAUGUAGAAUCGUUCCGCGAAGGUCGAGGCAAGACUAUAAGCGAAUUGAAAUUAAAUGAGAAACAACAGGAGAAGAUUAAUUUGAAGAAAAGAAUGUUACAAAAGAACGGGAUAUUAAUAAGAAUAGUUCAAAACAAUUAACAAAUAAAGAGAAGUUAAAUAAAAGAAUUCUAAGAAACAAAAAAAAAAAAAAAAAAAACAAGCGCGGACACAACAGAUUCAAAGAACAUGAAGAGUUUUUAUUAGUUGGACUAUUGGGAAUUGUAUAAAGAGAAGAGAUCGACUAAGGUCGAAACAAUCGGGAAAAACUAAGAAGGUCUCGGUGGUGUGUGCAUUGAGAUUCUUCGCCCGUCCAGCAGCUUCGUCGCAAGUCGCGCGAGCGUCCAUGAGGUUUGAGCGAAGGACGAGUUGUUGAGAGGGCCACGCCAUGAGAAUCCUCAAAACGCUACACUGGUCCCGAAGGCGUAGCAAUAGUGGCGUGACAGACAUACACUCUCAGCAGCAGCAGCAAUUGCAGCUGCAAGAGAACAACAACAGCAGCUCGCGCGACGCGAAGAAGCCGCAGGAGGGACUGGGGCCCGAUGAGAUGUGGGCCCCUGGCGCCCUGGGCCAUCAUCGGGAGCUACCUGUUGAUGUGCCCGACACUCUAUUACAGAAGGCCUAUCCCAACAAGGUAAAGCACUGCUCUUCCGAAUAUAGGAACGGGCUACAGCAUCGUCCCCGUAGCGCUAGCGACCUCGACCUUUCCCUAAACCUUAAAAACGAGAUCCUUAAGACGCGCACCAUCGCGGACGCACGCGUUAAACACUUAUCGAACGAUCACACGCACGACGACACCGCUGCCAGGACAAUCAACGCUCGCAACGGUCUUCAGCCGUCCGUGCUGACGAUCCAGCUAAAUAUGGGGGACGAGAAGGAGGAGGUGAAAAGCAAGGAAUCGUGGCUUGACAAGUACCAAGACAGUCCGACCAAGACCGAAUCGCUGAAUUUGAAAAGCAAUUUCAAGGUAUUCGGAGAGGAUGAGAACGCCGACACAGACGCGCAGAAAGAGUCCAGUGUCGACGUCGAGGAUGAUUAUCCUUUCGCCAAAGAGGAUUAUCCCACUAUGUUAAAAACUUGCAGUGACGAUUCCGCGAGUCCGAGAAGCUCGUCGGGCAGAUCGGACAGCACCGCGCCCCUCGAUACCAGUCUGAUGCUCAGGGGACACAGUAAAAAUCACAAAGACUCUCCGAUUUACGAUGUUCGAAGAAUAGACCUCGGUUCUCCGUGUAGAUCAGUUGUACCCGACAUCAAAGUUGCUCCGCUCUUCGGCCGUAAUCGAGACGCGACGUCCUUCGACAAUCCAGCUUACGGACUGACAGACCUGCAAGAUCUUCAAGGACUCUUGCGAUCCGACGAGGUCACGGACUUGACCCGAUUGAUAGACGAGCAAUGUUCAAUUUCGAGAAUACCCAAGGAUCAAGAUAAAGUCUCGCCUGUCUGUGCCAAGGACCAGCAGACUCUGGAGUCUCUGCAAACGGAGUCACCGAGCAAGACCGGCAAGACGCCGAAACGCCGGCCGCACGACGAUCGCGCCAAAUUGAAAGCGAAAACGCGCAGUCUCGAUAUCGAGGCUCUGAUAAGGGCCAGUUCGACGGACGAUCUGCUCGGCAUCGAGCUGAACGAUCUCUCCUCCUCGUCCUCCUCGUCCCGGCAACGGCCAAAGAAGAAACGACACGAACAGAUCUCCAGCGGCUACUCCACGCUGAAAAGUGAAGCUUCUGGCGAUCUCGAGCACAACGCCGAUCGUAGUUUCCUCGUAGUGGGCGGCAGGUCUUACCGCGAAGUGGCCGUCGACUGUCCGCCGGAUUUUGUACCGGUCACCAAGUGCCACCCGGUAUACCCGCCGCCCAAUAAAACCCCCGCUAACAGCAAGCACAACACCCUCGAGCCAAAGCGCGAUCGCGUCGAUUGCGCGACCGUCGCCAACGAGGGGAAUGCGUGCGCGACAACGACAGCCACGACAACCACGACGAGUACGCUCGUAGCCUCCCUCUGCCAAUCCCCGAACGAUAAUAGCUUGACGAAGCUGUCUAGUACGGACGGUAGCUCUAGAGAGACCGCGGUCGCGCGCACGAUAGACCGUAAGCACAACGAUAAGAAGGCCGGUCUCAACGGGGUCAAGCCGCCCAUUCCGAGUCGCGAGCAGAAGAGAGCGCCCGCUCGACCGCCGAAAGAUAAUCUACGUUUGUCCACGCAGAACAACAAUGUCGAGACGAGCGAUAAUGCGAACGUCACCGAACAACAACCGACCCCGCAGCAGCUUCACUCUAUCAGGAAAUAUCAGGACCAGCUACGGAAACGAAAAGAAGAGGAGGAAAAGCAAGAAAUACUCAGCCGUUCUCUACGUGGUUCUAAAAAGCUCCAAGCUUUGGAAAGCCACGCGACGAGUCUCGCCGGCCAAGAGAAUCUUGCCUAUGCACAGGAUGAGGUGACCACCGGUGUAAAUCGAGUCGCGCACGGCACUCCUAGUAUAGUACAAGAGGUAGAGGAACCCCCCAGGCCUCUCACAUACGGUGAGGUCGUUGCUACGCUGGAGAGGUUGCAGCUUCAGCUGCGGAAUAUUUCAGGUGCUCUUGGUAUUUCGGGUGCAGGUGUCGAAGCCGAGCUCGAGGCAGUCCGAACGCUUUUGGUCCAAAAUCGAUUUGCUAGUGCUCUGGCGAUGCGUCACAUGUUAAAAAAUCGACUGAGAUCGAGCAAAAUUCUGAAACAUUACACCGAUGACGCGUCGGGUCUGUUGCGAGAUUGCCUGGACAUUCUGGAAAAAUUGCAAUCGUCGUCAAUCGCGACAGGCGUCGGGGGUGCGGAAACAAUAGCCGCGGUGCAGGAGCUGACGGAGCUUUUGACAAGUAUCGAUAUGACUUCUUUGCUUUUGGCGCACGACUCCAUCGUCUCCAUUGUGGAUGGUUUACAAAAGAAACAGAGCCCGUCGUCCUCACCACCUAGCGGUCCACCUAUUCCAACAUCCAGUUGGAAAGAUUCUUUAGAAGUCGACAAUAUUAAAAUUAUACGAAUAGAGAGAACUAACGAACCUUUGGGCGCCACCAUCAGAAAUAACGAUGAGAACGCCGUAUUCAUAGGUCGCGUCGUGCGUGGCGGUGCGGCGGACAAGUCGGGACUUCUGCACGAAGGUGACGAGGUACUCGAGAUAAACGGAGUAGAAAUGCGCGGCAAAAACGUCAAUGACGUCUGCGAUAUUCUUGCCGGUAUGCAGGGUGAUUUGACGUUCUUGAUACUUCCGGCCCCGACAAAUCACCGAAACAAUUUGAGGAAAAAGGAGAUAACACAGAUUCAUAUACGAGCGCAUUUCGAUUACGAUCCCGAGGAGGAUCCGUACAUACCGUGCAGAGAGUUAGGCGUGAGUUUCCAAAAGGGUGACGUGCUCCACGUGAUUUCCCAGGAGGAUCCGAACUGGUGGCAAGCGUUUCGAGAAGGCGAGGAAGAUCAGAUUCUGCCUGGUCUAAUACCCAGCGUGGCGUUCCAACAUCAACGAGAGGCCAUGAAACAAACAAUAGCCGGCGAUAAACUGACGAUGCGGGGUUCGAAAAAAUCCAGCACAUUAUUGUGCGCGAAGAAAAAUCCAAAAAAGAAGAAACGAAACAAGUUCGGCGGAACCUACAACGACGACGGUUACCCUCUUUACGCGACAACUGCCAUAGACGAUUACGAUAGCGAAGAGGUGCUGACGUAUGAGGAAGUCGCUUUAUACUAUCCUCGUGCGGAUCACAAAAGGCCCAUUGUACUCAUCGGACCUCCUAACAUCGGACGACACGAACUCAGGCAGAGAUUGAUGCAAGACAGCGAACGUUUUGCCGCAGCGAUUCCUCAUACAAGUCGGCCGAAAAAGGACUCCGAGGUCGACGGUCAGGAUUAUCACUUCAUUUCACGCGCUCAGUUCGAGUCCGACAUUCUAUGUCGGAAGUUCGUCGAGCACGGCGAAUAUGAGAAGGCGUAUUACGGCACGUCCGUGGAGGCCAUCAGAACAGUGGUUAAUUCCGGAAAAAUCUGUGUCUUAAAUCUACAUCCGCAGAGCCUCAAGAUCUUGCGAAAUUCGGAUCUGAAGCCGUACGUUGUGUUUAUCGCGCCGCCGAGUCUCGAGAAGUUGCGGCAGAAGAGGAUCAAAAAUAACGAGAGCUUCAAGGAGGAGGAGCUGAAGGACAUAAUCGAGAAGGCGCGCGAGAUGGAGGACAAGUAUGGACAUCUGUUCGACAUGCUUAUCCUGAAUAACGACACCGAUCGCGCGUACAACCAGCUUCUCACGGAAAUCAAUUCGCUCGAGAGGGAACCUCAGUGGGUGCCCGGGUCUUGGAUUCAGUAAAUCGUUCGGUUUUUCACGAAGGGCGCGCUUAGGAACGGGAAGCGCUCGUUUGCACGUGUCUCGGUAGACGGCGAUCGGAGUAUCCAGUAUCGCGAUAUCUGUUUUGUAAGAUAAGUGCUUUUUUCCAAGCGACUAUCUGAGCGAUAGUAUGACGAUAAUUCGAUGGACUGGUUCUUCUACAGGUGCCUGUUACAUAGUUUUAUGUUUCUUACGCAAGCCUUAAAAAUCUCCCCCUCCCCCUCGAUUACUGCAAUCGUACUACCCGCCUGACAGUCUUCCGCGUGUGUUAUUCCGUACUUUGGUGCCAUGAAUCGACGACGAAUCAUCAGAAGCGCAAAAACUCGAACAAAAAAACAAAAAAACCAAAAAAAAANAAAAAAAAAAAAAAAACAAGAAGAAAAGAACGAAUAAAAACGUAUCUUGCGAGAAAAAUUCUACGUUUUGCAACUUAUGUAUAAUCCUCGUUAUAGACUUUUGCGUUGUUUUUGAUAUAAGAACAAAAAAGAAAAAACAAUUUGUAUUUGCGUGCACGACGGCAAAACGUUCUCGGGAUUUGGUUUCGUACGCAAACGUAUUUCCUGAGUGACAAAAGUAAAAUGAUCAAUUAUCGAGUUCCGAUCGACGAUCAUCGAUCGAGCUUAAGUUCAAAUUAAAUACACUUAAAACGAAGUUGCCGCGAAUUCAUCAAUUUCAGUGUAUACUUUGGUCUUGAAAUACAAAAAAAAACCCCCUAAAUGAAAAAAGACGUUCAGACGGAGAGUUUUUUCGAAGUAUAUUUACGAUUAUAUAUUCUUCAGACUGACAAACGGUUAACUAUUAUUAGAAAAGCGCGAGUGUGUACAAAAAAAAAGUCUUUAUCCUCGGUGCGUCAAAGCACAUCUGCCAAGCGUCUUUGCUCUUUCUAAGUAUUAGUCGUCCGUUCUGCGUGAGGAAACGUACCUGACCCGAUGUCUCCUAAGAGUAAAAAGCAUUUCUAAUUCGAAAUUUCUCGCGAGUGAUGCCGUGCGACUUUCUGUGAAUCAUGAUGCGUUUUGACAAAUUUGUUUGUUUGAAGCUUUUUUGUGUUGGAAGCUUUUUUGCACUUCCAACGGAGAACUUACUUACAUUAGAUUAGAAAAUACAACAAAUUUGCAAUUAAACAUAAUUUGAAGAAUCUACAUGAAAAUUGAACGACUUGCGUUAUUUGUUGCAAGCAAUAAGUCUCAGACGAAUUACGAACACUUGCGCGAUUAGAGAGUCGCAUUGUUUGUCGCUUCGCGUAGCUUUCGAUUAGAAAUUCUUGGCGAUUUUGCUGUUCUAACCAAGACGGAAGCUGUUAUUGUUGUAAGAAAAAAUGAAAUAAAAAAUUUCCGAAGCGACGAUCCCACACGAGCAUAACGAUACACAUAAAUAAUUUUUCUUCGAACGCAGGAGGAGGAAAAACGUUUCGCUAUCGUCCCGAAGACGGUGAAAUUUGACGAUGUGUGAUUCCACCGUUCGUCCCUCCCGUCCCCUUAGAAGACGAUUUCGUGUUUGUUUAGAGAGCAGAAAUUCGUGUCUCCAGACCCGUAGAAAUCCGUUAAACGCAAUAGAUUUGAUAGGCUCGACUGUGGUUCGGUAUAAAAAGCUUUUGGGAAUUUUGCGUAAAACUGAUUGAUUUUUCCUGAGUGUUUUUUUACAGGGAGCGAUUAUGCUAAACGAUAGAGUAAAACGUGUUUGUCUGUGUCGUUGUAUCGCUACGAAUAGGAAUCAAAGAUAAAAAAAUGAAAAAAAAAAUAAAAAAAAAACAAGUAAUAAUAGAAAAAUCAUCGGUGACUUUUCGUCGGAAAUUGCGAGUUCGGUGAACGCAUUGUAGCAAAAGUGUGCGCGCGCGCGACUUACAUGUCUUGUGGAAAUAUUCUUGCGUUAACGAUAAUUGCGUAUUAUCGAAAGAAAAGUCUCUCUCUUUUUUGUUUCACGAUAAAUAAUUCUAAGACUCCGGUAAACUCGGCAAAAACAAAAACAAAAAAAAAAAGAUGUGUGUGUCGUCUAGAGACUGCGGGCUACUGUGUCGUGAAUUAGAUCAGCCGUAAUGUUAGUCGAUCUCCAGAAGAGAAAAAAAAAAGAUAGAUACACAGAAUUCAAUGUGAAACAGUUAAGUAAAAGCGGACGCGCAAUUAGAAUGACGUCUUCAGUGAAAAAAAAAAAAAAAAAAAUCAUUGUCUCCAUUUUUAGCUAUUUAAAGUUUCAGAAGAAGCCAAUCAAUGCAUGACGGUUGAAUAUCGUGCCAAGUAUCAAGACCGUGCAUGUGCGAAGGGACACGCAAGAACUCUGAGAUGUGCCAAAUAAAUUCUGGAUUUGUUUUUCCAGAGAAAUCCAGGAAGGGGUUUAAAACAAAAACAAAAAAAAAAAAAAACACAAAAACAAAAAAGUAAAGAGAAAAAAUCGUAUGCUCAACGGCACCUUAGAAUUUGUCAUUAUACUGAUUAUGUAAAUAAUUGUGCACUUGUAUAGAGAGAGAAACGAGAACGACGAAAGGAACAUUUAUGAGAGAUAGAUUAUUCAGAUUUAUUAUUAUUUUUUUAAUUAUUAUCUAUUACUCGAAUUAUUAUCAUUAUUAUUAUUAUUACUACUAAUCACGCAUUGUCAUCGUUACUGUGUAUAUUCCGUGCUCUUUUGUCGAGCGAUCAUGACAGACAGUUGUUAGCAUAAUAUAUACGAUCCUCUCAUGUAACAGAAUGUGGUCGACAAUGUAUAAGGUAUUUGUGUCAAAAAAAAAAAAAAAAAAAAAA